AUGCAAGCCAAGAUAUUACUCGGUUUACUACUGAGUAUUUAUGGCAUAAACUGUCAGAUAUCGACACAAGACGUCAAAGAAACCUACAAUGAAAAGUUGACACUAAGAAAUUUACCGGAUGGCAAGUUACUCGCUCAUUUCUCUUUUACCACCACAGUCCAUGUUGAAACUGAACCUAAUGCGCCCAUUCUGGACUAUGGUUUAUACCCAAAGGCCAUUGGACAAGUUCUUCAAACAAUCAACGUCACCGACAUGCAUCUAUCAUUUACUCAGGGCAGAUGGAAUUACGAAGAAUGGGGAUAUCCACCAAGUAUAUCAGCGAGUACAGGUGUAGAAAUGUGGGCCUGGAUGAGGGAUAACAGUCAUGAAAAUGUGGAUAAACAAUGGAAAUUACUUACAAACACUCUAUCUGGUCUAUUCUGUGCUUCUCUAAAUUUUAUUGACGAGACAAUAACAACACAACCAAAGCUAUCUUUCCAAUCAAAUGGGGAUGUAGAAGAAGAGUCGGGUGCGCAAUUGAGAUAUGGCGCUUUACCUCAAGAAAAUGUGUGUACAGAAAAUUUGACCCCUUGGCUCAAAUUAUUACCAUGUAAAUCAAAGUCAGGAAUAUCCGUACUAUUGAACCCUCAUAAAAUCUACAACUCCAAUUUUCAUUCCAUGGCAAUCCAUGCCAAGUCUAAAUGUGCUGAUUCCGAGUGUACAGAACGUAUACUAGAAAUAGAACAGACAAUAACAUCAGUAAUGGAUCCAGUGAGAGAUACAGGACGUAGAGAUUGGUCACUGGAGUCUAUCUUUGAGCGUCAACUUGAAAAUGCCUGUCCUGUAGCUACAGAAAGUAAAGUUGUGGUUGAAUUGGAGGAUGCAGGCAAUGAUUUCGAAUUGAAACCCGUGACAAUAACAGCUGAUACUGAAGGCAAGAAUAAAGUUGCAACUUACCAUUUAUCAUCUUCAAAAGAACCUUUGGAUAUCCGCAUGACGUGGAAUCAAGAAAAUUCAUUUUUAUACCCAUUGAAGCCCGUUAGACCUAUGAUUUAUGCGGAACGUUACUUUACCGGAUAUGGACAAGAAAGAGGAGGAUUAAAAAUAACGAUUUAUAACCGAAAUGGAGAGACAUCUAUGCCUGUCAUUUAUUACGACUCUAUUCCUUGGUAUCUGAAGCUCUACUUACACACAUUGAAGGUAGAUGUUUUCUCCUUACAAAACGGCAGCCUGUUAAACGAGGAAGAUGGCGGUGUGAUUCAAGAAAUGUAUUAUCAACCGGCCAUUGAUCGUGGAAGACCGACAGUGCUAGAGUGUAAUUUAUUGCUACCAGCGAACUCAGUAACAACGCUUUCUAUGGAUUUUGAGAAGGUCUUUUUGAAGUAUACAGAACAUCGACCUGACGCUAACCGUGGUUUUGAUAUCGGAUCUGCCGUUUUAACAGCGUGGAUUCCCGACGUCAAUCAACAAGGCUUAAUUCUUCAAGGUGAACCACAACGGGUUUACACGGAUACACUAUUAGUCCGUCUACCAACACCAGACUUCAGUAUGCCAUACAACGUCAUCACAUUAACGUGCACUGUGAUUGCAUUGUUUUUUGGGUCUAUAUUUAACUUAUUAAUUCGUAAUUUCAGUGUGAUAAAUCCGCCUGCAGAAGAAGAAAAAAACAAAAAAAAACAACAACAAUGA